GUAUGACGUGGGAAGAAGACAGAUAGUCUACGUGAUGCUGCCUGAGCAUGCUGAACAACUGCACCGGGCUGAGAACCUGUAUCCCUGCCGCAUGCACCUGGAGCCCUGGAUGGCCUACAGAGAGGACCGAAGGCAGAAGCCUGGCGUGUUCUUGCUGAAUGGGCCUGAAUGGCGCUAUAACCGACUGCAGCUGAACCCCAAAGUACUGUCCCCAAAGGCUGUGCAGAAGUUUCUCCCAAUGGUAGACAUAGUUGCAAGAGACUUUUCAGAGACUCUGAAAAAGAAGGUGCUACAGAACACGGCCUUUCCCUUGAUGAUGACGCUCUUUGAGUUGGCCAGGAACCCCUCGGUGCAGCAGGCCCUGAGGCAGGAGAGCCUGGCUGCUGAGCCCAGCAUCUCUGCGGAUCCCCAGAGGGUCACUACAGAAGUGCCCCUGCUGCGGGCAGCUCUCAAGGAGACCCUGAGGCUGUACCCUGUCGGUGCUUUUCUGGAGAGGAUACUGAGCUCAGACUUGGUGCUUAACAACUACCUCAUUCCAGCUGGGACCUUGGUCCACUUGUGUCUGUACUCGAUGGGCCGAAAUCCUGCGGUGUUCCUGAGUCCAGAGCAAUAUAACCCUGAACGCUGGCUGGACAGCAGGCAGAGCUUCCGCCACCUGGCUUUUGGCUUUGGGGUGCGCCAGUGUCUGGGGAGGCGGCUGGCAGAGGUGGAGAUGCUGCUGUUUCUGCAUCAUGUUCUGAAAUCAUUCCACGUGGAGACACCGCACAGAGAGGAUGUGAGCUUGUCCUAUCGCUUUGUUCUGAUGCCCACCUCCUUGCCUCUCCUCACUUUCC